GGUGCCGCGUGGCUGCGCUGUGCUCGGCGCCGCCUUCCCGGGACGCUGUAGUGCCGCGUUCCCCGCGCCCGCCGCGCGAGGAAAUCUGACUUGGAUGAGCGCAGGGAAUAAAACCCAGYAUUCCUUGGACGUCUGCGCCCGUGUCGCCCGUUUCCAGACCGCAUGCUGAUCCUGCAGCUGCCCGAAGGAAAUGAUAAGCUGCAAACCUGCCAAGCAACUUUUCUGGGCACAAAGACAUCUUUACUUGGGAAGAAUAUGCUUCUAGUUUAAGAGAUGUCUCUUUGUGAAAAAUGGUUUUACUCUUUGGUGUUUAUGUAACAGGAUUAAAGGACCCCUAGGACAGGCUUUUUGAAGAAUACGUGCGAUGUUUGAGGCUUGAUGGCCAUAAGACUUAUAUAAUAAGCCUUCCCAUGCAAACUGCCUUUUACAUUUUAUGACCUCUUUGAAUACUGUGAGCUGACAGUGAGGCCAUUCGAUCUCCUGAUGGCGUUCUUUUCUCAAACUGGUCAACAGGGCAUGCAGGCUUUGCUAGGAAAGUGUCGAAUUAUCUGGCCUGUUAUAAGAUGUCAGCAGUUGUUUGCUGCCUCUUUGAACAUCCCCAUUCAACAAAAGUUUAACUGUUUAAGUUUUAUGGCAUCUGACAGCACUGCGUUGCCAGUGAAUUCCAAAGGAGUUGGUGUUUUUCCUGCCAAGAAAAGGUCUCAAGUUGAGUAUGAAGGAGGAACAAGAUGGGAUGAGGAGAGUAAAGAAAUAUCUGAAGGAAAACUGCACUUGUUUUCUGGAGCUUCAAAGAAAAAAGUAGGGAGUCAAGCUCUGUUAAAGCGUAGGUUCAUUAGAGUCCAGCCUCCAGAGAAACCUUUGCAGGCCGAAGAGUGGAAAAAGCUGAGGGAAGAAUGUCAGUCGCUUGAAACAUUUGAAGAAGUGAUGCUUAAAAGUAUGAUCAAAUGCAACAGCCACGUAGAUGUGGCCAAGUCCUUGCUUACUUACGUGGCAAAGACCAGUGGUGACAUUGGAUAUAAUUUGCUGGUCAAGUACCUGGCAUUGUGUGUCCAACAGCAGAAGACAGCAGAAAUUUGUGAUGUGUAUGAUAUAAUGAAGAUGAGAUUUAAAACAUUAGAAAGUGGGGCCUACAGUCUUCUUAUCAGAGGACUCAGUAAUUCAGAUAAAUGGAGAAUGGCCUUGGCUCUUUUGGAGGAUGUAAAAAAAGUUAUGACUCCCUCAAGAACAAGCUAUGAAUCCUGUAUCAAAGCGGCCAGCCGGCACCAAGAAAUGAGCCUGGCCCGUGAGCUCUACCAUGAUAUGCUUGCCAAGGACUUGGUGCCCACCUUGGAUGUCCUGCAGGCCUUUUUCGACUUCAGCAGGGGUAUGGAAGAUGCUGACCUAAAAAAAGAACUGUUUGAUAUCCUCUUAUAUUUGAGAGACAACCAAAUAUACCCUCAUGGAACGUUUAUGCGGAGUAUAAAGCUAUGGUUUGAAAGUAUUCCAGGUGAGAACUGGAGAGGAAACCUGACCAACAUUAAACCCAGUGGAGAGUGCCCGGUUUGCCAUCACCAGUUGGAGGAUAGUAACCUCACCGAGGAGGAGUACAAUAUUCUCAAGGAAAGAAUAACAGCAGAUGUGAUACAUGGACGUGAUACUUUCAGAAAGACAAGUCCGCAGGAAUUUGAAGCCUUUCAAGCAUUUGUGGAAGAUCGCCUUCCAUUUGAUAUUGUUAUUGAUGGUCUCAAUGUUUCCCACGUAAAACCCAAAAAGAUGCAGUGUGAAAAUCUCUUUCAUGCUAUCAACUGCCUGGCGAAGGAGAACGUGCGGUUGCUUGUGCUGGGCCGCAAGCACAUGCUGGUCAACUCUUCAAACUGGAAGCAGGACGUUAUGAAGGAGAUGCAGAAUAAGGCAGACUUYUUCUUUGCAGAAAAUAUCUCCGAGGACGACACCUUCCUGCUCUAUGCCACGCUGAGGUCGGGCAAGCACUGCAGGUUUGUCACCAGAGACUUCCUGCGGGAUCACAAGGCCUGUCUUUCCGACAGCCUGACGCGGCGCCUCUUCCGUAAGUGGCAGCGUGGCCACCAGAUCGUGCUGUCCYCUUCCACAGAGGGAAAGCGUAUGAAUUUUUUGCCUGCUUUCAACUACGACUGUGUGGUACAGACUACAGGUGAUACAUGGCAUAUUCCCUAUAAAGAUAUGUUUGAGGAAAAAUACUCGUAUCAAGUGCCAAGAAAAUGGCUCUGUCUCCAACAGAAGCAAUGAAGAACGGACUUGUAAAAGCCAAAACCCAACUUUUUAUCAACUCAGCAGUACAAUUAUGGGAUUAAUGGGUGAGACAUGUGGCCGAAAAAUGACUCAGUCGUUGCAUUUUGUCAAAAUUAUUGCAGCAGUGAAUCUGUUAACAUUGAUGGUGGAUCAUUGGGGAUGAAUUUGAUCCAUUGUGUCCAUCUUUCCAGGCCAUGUCUUUCAGAAGUGAUUUGAAUUAAAAUGUAUUUUUCC